GAGAAGAAGGAGAAGGAAGAAAUGAGGAGUACGGGUUUGGUGGCGGUGGUGGUGGUGGUUUUGAUGUGUUUGGGGAAUGCGAAUGGUGAAAUUCCGAAACCAAUAUUAAGGAAUAUCGAAACAAUAAACCGGAAGGGUCCUCGUUUAGGGAUCGUUGCCCCAAACGUCUUCGAGCUCAACCCUCUUCUCAAUUCUCCUGCUUUUGUCCCAGACCCUUCUUUGCCCUACAUCGAUUUCGCAGGUAGAAGAUUUCGAAUUGGGAAAUUAUCGAAUGAAAGCGUGGUGAUUGUGAUGGUGGGAUUAGGGAUGUUAAAUGCAGGGGUAGGGACGCAGCUGUUAGUAAACCUGUUUAGGAUAAAAGGAGUGUUGCAUUACGGAAUUGCUGGGAAUGCAAACGUUGAUCUCGAAAUCGGAGACGUUGCAAUUCCUCAGUAUUGGGCUCACUCCGGCCUUUGGAACUGGCAGAGAUAUGGAGAUGGGCCUGAAGACGAAUUGUCACUUGAAGCUGGAGGAGAUUACACUCGACAAAUAGGUUACCUUCAGUUUUCUGAUUAUAACACGAAGAAUCUGUCGGAUGCCAAUUUGCUUAAUAGAGUUUGGUACCAACCCGAAGAAAUUUUUCCGACAACCGGAACUCCCGAAGUUCGGGAACAUGUCUUCUGGAUUCCAGUAGAUCCGACUUAUCUGGAAGUUGCCCACAAACUCAAGGGGAUGAGACUGGGACGGUGCGUGAACGGCACAUGCCUCCCACGGGAGCCGAGGGUGGCGGUGGUCCGGCACGGCAUGAGCGCGAGCAUAUUCGUGGACAACGCAGCUUACCGGAGUUUCCUGAACGGAAAAUUCAACGUCACGGCCAUCGAGAUGGAGAGCGCCGCCGUGGCACUGGUCUCCCACCAGCAACGCCUCCCCUUCAUCGUCAUCAGAGCUCUCUCCGACCUCGCCGGCGGCGAUGUCACCGAUAAUGGAGCCAACGUGUUCGGCGGCCUCGCCUCCCAGAACUCCGUCGACGUCCUUGUCGAGUUCGUCCGCUUGUUGUCCGAGCGACGAUGAGUGUGUCCACGUGCUCUCGUACGAUGCAUGCAUGCAUGUUGUCGGAUUAAUUCGAAUAAUCUGAAUAAUUAACUAUGGUAGGAUUGGACGAUUACUUAUUCCUCCCCGCUUGAUACGGAGAGGUAAAUAAAAUAUGAUCUCUUAGGUGCCAAAUAUUUUUUUUUCGGAAACUAAUAAUAAUUUGUUUAGUUUUUUGCUU